UUCCCUCAGGCCCCGCCCAUACCGGGGCGGUCCCGGCGCCGUUCCCGCCCCGCGCUUUACGGCAGCGGCCGCGUUUUGCGGCGGCCGGUGCUGCGGGCCGGGCCGGGCGGACACACGGACAGACAGACAGACAGACAGACAGACAGACAGACAUGGCCAGCACGGCGGUGGCGGUGGGCCUGGCCAUCGCGGCAGCCGGAUUCGCAGGUCGCUAUGCAGUAAAGGCUUUGAAGCAAAUGGAGCCGCAGGUAAAACAAGCCCUUCACAACCUGCCAAAAUCUGCCUUCAGUGGUGGUUAUUACAGAGGUGGAUUUGAACCCAAAAUGACUAAACGAGAAGCAGCUUUAAUACUAGGAGUGAGCCCUACAGCCAACAGAAAUAAAAUUAGAGAAGCUCAUAGACGGAUCAUGCUUCUCAAUCAUCCAGAUAAAGGUGGAUCUCCAUAUGUAGCAGCCAAAAUCAAUGAAGCUAAGGAUCUACUAGAAGACCAAGCUAAAAAAUGAAUGAGAAAGAAAAUCACUCAUUCAGAGGGUUUGUCCCUGCAAAUGAUUAUUUUUGAUAAAUGGCUUAAGAAAAGUUCUAAUGUCAGUCUUUGACUUAAUAUAAAUGAAGCUGGAAAUACAAAUCCAGGGAGGCACUUCCCUCCCCUCUUGGUCACUUUUUUUUGGAAAUACAUGAGGGAGUGAAGCUUAAAGAUUUUUUUUCAUAGCUGUUCUUUGUUAAACAGCAAAAUUUGCGACUCAAAUAUUUUCAGUGCUUGAGAGCAGGAACUUGGUGUGGCCAGUGUGUGUUACCAGGCACAGGUAGACUCGUGUGCUGUCACCUAAUUUCUGUUCAGCUGGCCCUGUUUAAAGUUCACGCUGCUGCUCCUCCAUCUGCUAAAAUUAGCACACUGAACCUGUUUGGGAAGGGAGUGGAAAAACCAAGAGGAUUUAUUGGACAGCAGGAACUGGGAGAGUUGUGUGGUUGUCUCUGCCUGGAGAAAUAAAGUACAGGAAACAAUGUA